AUGGAAACCAGAGGCAAACUGAAAAAGUACAAGUGUCAAUACGAAGGAUGUGGGAAAGAGUACGAUAGGCCAUGUUUACUACAACAGCAUCGUUGCUCUCAUACAAACGAAAGACCAUACGUAUGUGAAGAGCCUGGCUGCGGCAAAAGGUUUAUGAGACCAUGUCACUUGCGGGUACACUUGUGGACCCAUGCCCAAGUAAAACCUAGAAAGUGUAUGUUAUGUGGGAAGGGAUUCAUUACGAAUCAGCAACUGACCAGACAUUUGGCAACGCAUGAAAAACGUGCCAAAAGACAGCAAGACAAAGAGCUUAAUGAGCUUUUGAAGCAUGAAAUGAAGGGGCAUAGUAAGGCGAAAGUGAAGAGUCCGACAAAAGAGGAAACUGAUGUAGGCAUGUUAGAUGUCUGUACAUCCAUAGCGCCACAAGCUGAUGUUAAAGUCGCGCCGUUAAAUUGCCCAUAUGAAGACUGUUCCAGUGUGUUGAAGCCAGGAGAUGAUUUGAUUAAUCAUUUACUGGAAAACCACUUGGUUAGUAAAUUGACGCAUGGAAUUCAUGAUGAACCGGAACAUCACGUUCUAGAACACAGGCAGGAAGAUGUCGGAAACAUGCUAAACUCACCCUUGCGUGAAUUAACUAGUUUAAGCGCAAAGACUUCACCGGAUUCACUCGACUUGUCAGUAGAUUCCCCUGCAAGCAAUGACGACGGUAAUAUUGAGGUUAUGGAAUGGAGUGAUUUAAGAUGUAAAGAAAAAUUUUGUUCUGGAUUAUGUCCUUUCACUUCACUAUUUGACCUUCUAGAGCAUUAUGAUCAAUUCCACGCCUUCGUACCUUCUUCGUUGGUGCAAUACGGGUAUCUUUACGUGUAUUGUCCACAAGAGUUAUCCAACACAAAUCCAAAUACUUUCGCGGUUAAACAAGAAAUGAUUUCUUCCUUUGAAAAUGCACUAAAGCUUAAGUAA